GGUACGACUCCCCUAAGGAAACUCUUCCUCGGCUUACUCUGGAAAAGCUGCUGGGAGAGCCUGGGAGGCAGAAGGCUGCAAGCAGAGGCGAAACCUCCUCCUCAUUCUCUUCAAGCCACGGAACAGAACCAUGAAACUGUACAUCAUCUUCUUACUGGCAGUGGUGAACACAGGAACCACAGAAGGGACAUCCUGUGAAAUGGCAAACUCACAGGCAUUUUGCCGCAACAAAGACCUCCACCAAAUCCCGCAUGAGCUCCAUCUGAACAUAAACAAAAUAGAUCUGUCUGGAAAUCUGAUUCAAAGCAUCCCUGAAAUGCCAUUAUCAUUUUACACUUCUCUCCAGUGUCUGGAUUUAAGUUCUAACCAGAUAAGCUUCAUCACGCCUGGAGUGUUUGCACACAUGAUGAGUUUGCUGGAAAUAAAUUUAGCCAACAAUCACUUAUAUGAGCUUGCUCAGAAUGGAACAGAGGGGAUUGGACUUUUACCCAAGGUGGAAAUAAUGGACUUGUCACACAACAGUCUGUACAAUGGGAUGGCUGAGUAUUUCAUUAAACAAGCUCCAACACUGCGGUAUCUUUCGUUGGCAGAAAACAGUAUUGUAAUGAUAUCACACAAGAUGUUUCAGGGAUCUCCCAGCCUUGUAGAGAUAGAUCUUCAGAGUAAUAUCAUCAUGGAAAUAGAAGAAGGUGCUUUUGAGACUCUAGUGAACCUUUCCAAACUCAAUCUCUCCACAAAUUCAAUUACUUGCAUCUCUGAUUUCAACCUCAGGCAGCUGGAGAUACUUGACCUUAGCAGGAAUAGCAUUGAGAUCUUCCACAUCACGAGGUCAGAUGAUGAAUAUAGCUUAAGAUGUCUGGAUCUGAGUGAAAACAAAUUGCUUCACUUCCCAGUCUUCCCUCAGGUAAAUAAACUGGUAACUCUGAAUUUAUCAAAUAAUUUAAUCCAGCUCACUGCUGAAUCCACUCACAAUAAAAAAGAUUACAUGGAAAGUGAAUGGCUAGAUGGUUCUUUUCAUCUUGAUCAGAAGCAAAGUAGAAAUACAAGUUCUCCUUAUUUAUCCCAGCUUGUAUAUUUAGACUUAAGUUAUAAUGAAAUCAAAUCCAUUCCAGAUAAAUUCUUUGAAUCAAUGUUGUCCCUUCACACCCUUAAUCUCAGUAAAAACUGUCUCCAGGCAUUUUUAGUAACUUAUGACAAUGCAUUAAUGUCCCUAACUGUUCUUGACUUGAGCUACAAUGCUUUGCAGAACCUUCUCCUUGACGCUGGUGUGUUGUCAAAUUUGAAGGAGCUUUAUAUUCAAAACAACCAUCUUCAGACCCUGCAAUCUGACAUCUUCUCUAGUCUUCCUAGUCUCAGACUGCUUAAUCUACAAAGCAAUAACAUCAGCCUUUGCAGCAUGUACUCCGGAUUAGCAAAGCAAAGACUUGCUGGAGAGGAAAGUGGUUGUGUAUCGUUUGUUGAUUCUCCUAGUCUUCAGUACUUGUACCUAGCUGACAACAUGCUGAACACCCUACCAGCAUGCAGCUUCUACAAGACUUCUUUGAUUGUCUUAGAUCUUACCAUGAACCCUGGAUUGAAAAUAGAACUUAAAGCACUGUCAGGACUGGAAAAGUCUCUGGAAUAUUUGUAUUUACAUGGCAAUAGCUUGAUGGAUUUAAAUAUAGACUUGCCUUGUUUUAGUCAUCUUAAACAUUUAAACCUCUCUGAAAAUCAGCUGAACUGGCUGCCUAAGUGGGGUAGUGACUCUCCACUGGAAGUUCUGGACCUAAGGAACAAUAAGUUCAGUACAUUGCAGAACAGCAACAUUUUAGCAUUAGAAAAUUCACUUAAAAACCUGUAUCUCACUGGGAACCCACUCGACUGCUGUGGAAACAUCUGGCUUUCAUCAAUGAUACAGAACAAAAAUGUCCAGAUCCCCAACAUGGAGCACUUAACGUGCCAGUACACUCAGAACUUCGGGUAUCAGGAAGAUACGUACAUUUGGAACAUUAGACCAGAAGACUGUGAAAAAGAGGAUCCAAAGAAAAUCAACAUCCUUAUUAUAUUAACAUUUGUAUUGGUUUUAUCUGUGAUAAUCAUCGGUGCAGGUGUUUGCAUAGGACAGGACAACAGAAUCGUGGAAUUAGAGAAUGGAAAGGGACCUUAAAGAUCACCUAGUUCCAGCUUGCCUGCCAUUGACAGAGACACCUCCCACUACAUCAGGUUGCUCAAAUUCCCAUCCAACUUGGCCUUGACCUCUUCCAGGGAUGGGGCAUCCACAACUUCUCCAGGCAACCUGUUCCAGUGUUUCACCACUGUCUGAGUAAAGAAUUUUUUCAUAACAUCUAAUCUAAACGUGUCAUCUUUCAGUUCAAAACGGUUCCUCCUUGUCCUGUCAUUAUCUGCCCAUAUAAAAAAGUCCAUCUUCCUCCUUCUUAUAUGCCCGCUUCAGGUACUGAAAAGGUGCAAUGAGGUCUCCCUGAAACCUUCUUUUCUCCAUGCUGAACAAAUAUUUCCUACCAUGGUUUGCUGUGUUUUUUUCCCCCAAACAAUCCUCUGCAGUGGGAUCACAUACAGAAAAAUAGUGGAAAAACUAGAAACACUAGAAACUCUAGAAACAGAGACAGGCCCUCAAAGUUCAGCAAGUCAGGACUCAUACUGACCAUCUGUAGAAGGUCAAGUCUCAUUUUCCAGAGAUAUUGGCUUUUUUUUUUCUGUGAAGCCAAGACAAUACCCUAAUAGAGCACCAGAGUCUCGGGCUACAGAUCUCUCUGCAGGGCCCCUGCUCAGCCCUGAACUACCCACAGUAUGCAACACAACUAAGGGCUUCCUAAUAUUUUGGGAGCCCAAAGCAUUUGCUUUCCUGUUCCUACCUAUUCCCCAUGCCAUUCAGUAUCCUUUUAUUUUUCUGAGGAGAAACAAACCAAAACCACAAGCCGAAUCCCCUGUAUCUUCAUGAGAAAGAAAACAGGUCUUACCUUGCACAGCAAGGUAACCUCUGGCCAUAUUAUUUUCUAUAAACAGUUACCAAUUCUGUUUGUGCACAGACGUGCAAAGGCACAGAUGCACAUAGGCUAGUCUAAGAAAUACAUCACUUCAGGUUUAGCUUUGUUUGACCUAAAUUAGAACAGCCUGUGCUACAUGAUCAUUUGUAAUAACAAACAUAAAAAAUAAAUAAAAAAUGCAUUUAAGCUGAUGGGACAGAGCCUUUACUGUGUUUGUGGAUGACACCAAAUGAUCAGUGCUUGUUAUGUUGGGGUAGAGCUGUUAUUUAGAGGAAGCUUCCGCAUCAUAACAAUGGUCAGAGAGAAGCUUCGUGAUGUUCAGCUAAGACCUGCACCUUGGACAGAACAAGCUCAUGUAACACUGCAGUCUAGGGACAAGAUGAAUGAAAAUUAUCUUUGCAGAAGAUGAUCUGAGGGUCUGAAAGGACAAUAAGCUGUCCAUGAGCCAUCAUCAUGCCCUAGUUACAAUGAAAUACAGCUACAUACUAAGCGGUAUUUUCAAAAGCUUAGUUAGAAAGUCAAGGAAUGCUGUUACUCCCCUGUAUUCAGCACAUCUAACACCACAUCUGAUUACUGUCUCAGGCUGUUGGGUCUCACAGUACGGCAGAGAGACUGACAAACUGGGCUGAAUCCAGCAGAGGCCACCAAGAUGGUCAGGAGGCUGAAGCAUAUGAUAUCUGAGAAAGAGAUGGAGAAAACUAGGUUUAUUCAGCCUGGAGAAGAGGAACUCUUGGAGGAAAAUCUUUUUUCAAUACUGGAUGGGCAGUACAGGAAGACAGCGUCAGCUCCUCCCAGGAGGAGGGAGUAUUCAGUUCAAGCACAAGUUGCAACCUCUGAGAGUUACAACUGCAGAUGUUCACAUUAAGCAUAUGGAAAAAAUUCUUCAUAAUAAGGGAGGCCAAACUGUGGAAAAUCCUUAGAGACUUUCAAAACUCAUCAGGGCAAGGCCCGGAGCAAUUCUGACACUGAAGCUGACCCUGCUUUGAUCAGGGAGCUGGACAGGAGCUCUCCAGAUGCUCCUCACAAUUUGAAGUAUUCUCCAAUAUUUGCAAAACUAAAAUGGGUCAUGCACUUAGGUGAGGAAUAGAGUAGCAGAGAAACUUAGCCUGUAAAUGUUGUCUGCUCCCUGCGCUGAAGUUGUGAAGGGAUUUGGCAGUAGAAGUGUCCAGAGAGAUGAUAGAAGUGGGUGAUGAUGUCACAUGUGGG